AUGGCGACGACCGAUUCCAUCCUGCAGGGUGUGAGCGUGUCCGGUACAAUCACCGAGGCUAACAGGAAGAUCCUAACUAAGGAUGCUCUUACUUUCCUCGCCCUCCUCCACCGUUCUUUCAAUGGCAAGCGGAAGGAGCUUCUCCAACGCCGUGUCAUCAGACAGGCCGAACUCGAUAGAGGCGUCCUCCCCGAUUUCCUCCCCGAGACCAAGAAUAUCAGAGAGGAUGAUACAUGGAAGGGAGCCCGUCCGGCGCCAGGAUUGAUCGACCGACGGGUAGAGAUCACCGGUCCAACGGACCGAAAGAUGAUAGUAAAUGCCUUGAACUCAGAUGUCUGGACAUAUAUGGCCGAUCUCGAAGAUUCAAGCGCCCCAACAUGGGAUAAUAUGAUCAAUGGCCAGGUCAAUCUCUACGAUGCCGUCCGUAGACAAGUUGAUUUCAAGAUUGGGCAAAAGGACUACAAGCUCCGGACAGACCGCCCUCUCCCAACCCUGAUCGUUCGGCCUCGUGGCUGGCACUUGGAUGAGAAGCACAUGACAGUCGACGGGGAGCCAAUCUCUGGCAGUCUGUUCGAUUUCGGUCUCUACUUCUUCCAUAACGCCAAGGAGCUCACAAAGCGCGGACAUGGACCAUACUUCUAUCUCCCAAAGCUGGAGUCACAUCUUGAGGCUCGUCUAUGGAACGAUGUAUUCAACCUCGCCCAAGAUUACCAAGGAAUUCCCCGCGGAACCAUCAGAGGGACGGUCUUGAUCGAGACCAUCCUCGCCGCCUUCGAGAUGGAUGAAAUUAUUUAUGAGCUUCGCGACCACAGCUCCGGCCUGAAUUGCGGACGUUGGGAUUACAUCUUCAGCGUGAUCAAGAAGUUCCGCCAGAACUCCAACUUCGUUCUCCCUGACCGGUCUGCUGUCACCAUGACCGUGCCGUUCAUGGACGCCUAUGUCAAGCUCCUGAUCCAGACCUGCCACAAACGGCAAGUCCACGCCAUGGGCGGCAUGGCCGCUCAAAUCCCGAUCAAGGACGACAAGGCUGCCAACGACAAGGCCAUGGAGGGCGUCUACGCCGACAAGCUCCGGGAAGUGAAGGCCGGCCAUGACGGAACCUGGGUCGCUCACCCAGCCCUUGCCGCAAUCGCCUCGGAAGUAUUCAACAAGCACAUGCCCACACCCAACCAGAUGUUCGUGCGCCGGGAAGAUGUCAAGAUCGGCCAAAACGAUCUCCUGAACAUGAACGUCCCAGGGAAGGUCACCGAAGACGGCAUCCGCAAGAACUUGAACAUCGGUCUCGGAUACAUGGAGGGCUGGCUCCGCGGCAUCGGCUGCGUCCCGAUCAACUACCUCAUGGAGGAUGCCGCUACCGCUGAAGUUAGCCGAAGCCAGCUCUGGCAGUGGGUUAGACACGGUGUUUCCACCGCCGAGGGCAAGCGUGUCGACAAGGCCUACGCAUUGAAAUUGCUAAGAGAGCAAGCCGACGCCCUUGCCGCGAAGGGCCCCAAGGGAAAUAAGUUCCAUCAAGCUGCACAGUACUUCUCCAGCCAGGUCACCGGCGAGGAUUACGCAGAUUUCCUGACCUCCCUUUUAUAUAACGAGAUCACAAGCGUUGGAAGCUCGUCGCCAGCGUCGAAACUAUAA